GGUCCGUUGUCCCUUUCGUUGCCGUGGUAACGACAAAGCGUCUAAACAUGGCGUCAUUGCUGGGAGAAACCGUGUUUGAAACGAGCGGCCAGGGUCCUGCACCUAACAAAGACUUUUACCAGUUGCUUGUAACAAAGACUGAUGUAAUCUGGAGGUGGUGGAAAAUCUCUCUCCGAAGUGAAUUUCGGAAUGCAAAACCAGGGGAACUUAAGGAAUCCCACCAGUAUUAUUUAGAUGACUCCAGUCUUCAGGUUCAGGUAGCCAUGGUUUUUGGUAACAAUAUUCUGGAGUACACACGGAAUCUGUGUCAGGGUCAGUUUGACUAUCUGGAUCGUCUUCCUGAUCACUUGCUUCUACGUAUUAUUUCAUUUCUGGACCUGGAAGAUGUGGCUCAACUUUCUCAGACUUCAUCAAAAUUUAAAAGGCUCUGUAACUCUGAUGAACUUUGGGAGCAAAUACUGGAGAGUUACUGUGAUACAGUCACUCCUGAGAUGAAAGCCUUGGCCAGAGAGGUGGGCUGGAAGCAGAUUUUCUUCACCAAUAAACUGCAGCUCCAGAUGCAGAUUAGACGACGAAGACAGAAGUCAGAUCCUAACACAUCAACUGAGUAAAGAACAAUCUUGCAUUGAUUUGGAUAUCACACAAGCUUUAUGAAUUAAAAUGUUACAAAAAGUAAAUGUUACAGGAAUGUUCGUAUUAUUACUACAGUACAUUGACUUUCUUGCAUUGUAAGUUUUCUUGUCUCUUAAUUGAAUUUUAGUUAAUAAACUAAGUUUUCAGUACUGUAUAUAUUCAACCUAGACAAACCUUCCAACUGUAGGGGCUUUUAACCUCUAAUUUCAAAAAGUUUUUAGUGAUUUACUAAGACUCUAGAUGAAUGAAACAACUGCCUAAAAUCUAAUAGUGUAUGCCAUUUAAAUUCCAUUAUUUUCUGCAAUCCAAAUAAGGGCAAUUUAUAUUUGUCUUACUGCAUAUGUUUAGAGGAUUGAAUGACAGUAUUUGUUUUUUUACUGUGAUUAGAUGAUGUUAGAACAUUUUUCAGGUAAAGCAGUUGAAAUGUUGUGUGCCAUAAUCCAUGACACUGAAAUAUCUUUGUAUAUGAUGAAAUCAGUUUGUAUUUUGUAGUAGAUUGUGAGUUAAUAUUUUUUCUUUAUUAAAAUGUUGUAUGUGUCACCAUU